AUGUUUAGAGAAGAUCAACAUCAGCAAACAUGUACAAAAUAUUAUAUGUUAGAUGGAUAUUAUUCCUGCACCGAUUUUCCAACUAAAACUAUAUCUUCUGCUACAACUACCACCACAGAUACUUCAACUACUACCCCAGAUACUACAACUACCACCACAGAUACUACGACUACUACCACAGAUAUUUCAACUACCACCACAGAUAUUUCAACUACCACCACAGAUACUUCAACUUCUACCCCAGAUACUACAACUACCACCACAGAUACUUCAACUACCACCACAGAUACUUCAACUACCACCACAGAUACUUCAACUACUACCACAGAUACUUCAACUACUACCACAGAUACUUCAACUACCACCACAGAUACUUCAACUACUACCCCAGAUGCUACAACUACCACCACAGAUACAUCAACUAUUACCCCAGAUACUACAAAUACGACCCCAGAUACUACAACUACCUCCCCAGAUACUACAACUACCACCCCAGAUACUAAAACUACUACCCGAGAUACUACAACUACUACCCCAGAUACUACAACUACCACCCCAAAUACUACAGCUACUACCCCAGAUACUACAACUUCCUACCCAGAUACGUCAACUACCACUCCAGAUAUCUUAACAACUUCCUCAGAUACUACAACUACUACCCCAGAUACUAAAACUAUUACCCCAGAUACUACCACCACUACACAAAAUACUACAAUUACAACACAAGAAACAACAACAGCAGCAACAGCAACAACAACAGCAGCAACAGCAACAUCAACAGUGUUUUACGGGUGA